AUGGCGAGCGCUUUCGACCUCGACGCGGCGAUGCUCAUGGGGGACGUCCUGGAGGUGAUGGACGUCGACGGGGAGGAGGAGGCCAGCAAUGGCGGGGGGAUCAUACCAGAUGGAUUCGCGUUCGGGCCGCCGGGGGUCGCCAUUGGCGCCGCCGCCACGGGAUUCCGGUUGACGCUGGACGUCUAUGACACGGACCUCGAGUUCGUGGAGGUGGUCGGGGACGCCGACGCCGGCGUGAGCGCGCGGCCCUCACCGGCGGCAUCCCCAUUGACAGCAGUGGAGAGCUUGCCGGAGGCGGCGCUCAGUGAAGAGGAGGCCUCGCGCGGCUGCGCCGUCUGCAUGGACUGCUUCGCGUCGGGGCAGCUCGUCGCCCCGCUCCCGUGCAGGCACUGCUUCCAUGGCGACUGCAUCCGGCCAUGGCUAGCGAUCAGGAACACCUGCCCCGUCUGCCGGCGCCAUGUCCGCACGGAUGAUGAUCCUGGUUACGAACAGCGCAUGGCUCGGCGUGCGAUUGUUCUUGCGCCAGUGGAACAUCACCAGGACGCAUCGACACAGGUAUCUUCUUGA